UGAUAUCCUUAACUCUCUUCCUCGAAGAUGGUGCUUGACACCAAUGACAUCCACCAUAAGUCCCAGUAGUGACACCCGCAGCCAGGUUAUCUCCACCUACCACGACCAUCCCAGAUUCAUUUGUGUGAGCUGUUCAGCGGUCCUGGCAUUGCAGGAUGAAGUUAUUAGCAAGUCUUUCUCAGGCAGAGAAGGAAGAGGCUUCCUCAUGCACUCCGCAACCAAUGUGAAAUUGGGAAAGAAGGAGGAUCGCCCACUUCUCACAGGUGUCCACACCGUAGCUGACAUCUUUUGCAUGGGGUGCAAUGACCGUGUUGGAUGGUAUUAUCAUAAGGCAGCUGAUUUAUCACAGAAGUAUAAGGAAGGAAAGUACCUUCUUGAGCGCGAGAAGAUAGUGAAGGAGAAUAACUGGAAAUUGGAUCAAUGAACUGCGACCCUGCAAGCAUUUUUGAAACAGGCAUAGCGGGUGGCCCGGUAUUGAUUGCAGUGUCUUUUGCUGUUCGUGCAUGAUGAUAUCGACUCUCUGGACGUGCACAUUUCACCGGGCAACGUUGCGGUGACAAUAAAUGUAUGGUCGCACGUCCAUUUCCGCAUUGCUAGUCCUUUCAUGUGAAUUCACAUUCCAAAUCAACAUGACGAAGAGGUAGCCUCAAUAUAUCACGCGUAUUCACUAUUAUUGUUUAGCCAGCUUCAAGCAUCUACGCUUCCACCAGUG